GAUUUCAACGUGCACGUAAAUUUAAUUACGUAUUUCGUGCGUGCCAUUUUGGCGGGUAAUUUUUUUCUGGAAUAAAUCGUAUUGAUCAUCAAGAAUUCGAACCGAGUUGAAUAUUGGAUUUUAAUUUUUAAUUCGAUUUAUUAUUAUUGUUUUUUUUUUGUUGUAAAUCAGUGCUCGUUACGUACACAACUAUUUACAUGUACGUGUAUAUAUUUAUAAUUUGUCUAUAUAUUUUAAAAUUUUAUCUCUUUAUUCGAUACAUUUGCAUAUUAAGUUCGUGCGUUUGUGAAUUUUGAUUUUGAUUCUUGUUCUUCUCAAGUUCGCGUAGGUUUCGAAGGUAUAAAAUGGUGCCCUUUUGAGUUGAUCAACCAAGGGGAAACUCUACUCAACCCCAUCACCCGGAUCGAUCUCUCCAAUAAUGUCAAAAAUCAUCAUCCUCAUACUCAUCGCAUUCUCCAACUUAUUAUACGUCGUCGAGUCAUCAAACACCACCAGCACCUUCGCCCUCAGCUUGAACUACACCAGCGACGAGUUCUCGAUAAAUGACACAAAUACAUUCGAUGCUGAUUACAUCACUUCCAUUCUCGGUGGUACUCCCAACUGCUCCAACGAGUACUGUUUGAACGAUGACGAUUACAUCGAUCUUAUUAUCGAUCAUAUUAUACCAACACCCUUCGAAUGGGUUCUAAUCGCAAUGCAUGUGAUAACCUUUAUUGUCGGUUUAGUCGGAAAUGCGUUAGUGUGCAUAGCUGUGUAUAAAAAUCGCGGAAUGAGAAACGUGACGAAUUAUUUUAUCGUGAAUUUGGCUGUCGCUGAUUUUAUGGUGAUAUUGUUUUGUUUACCGCCCACUGUCGUUUGGGAUGUUACCGAGACUUGGUUUAUGGGAACGCUGCUGUGUAAAAUCGUCGUGUAUUUUCAGACUGUAUCGGUUGCCGUUUCGGUGCUGACGUUGACAUUUAUCUCGAUCGAUCGCUGGUACGCUAUUUGUUUCCCGUUGAAGUUCAAAUCGACCACGAAUCGGGCCAAGGUGUCGAUAAUCUGCAUUUGGAUUGUGUCAUUGAGCGCAGAUAUACCGGAAUUGGUUGUACUGACGACGAUUAGACGACAAGAUAUACCAAUUCAUACGCAGUUUUUCACGCAAUGUACAGCAGAUUGGUCCAUAGCUGCUGAAAAUUUUUACCUGACUGGUAAAAUACUUUUAUUGUACGUGUUUCCUCUGGCGCUCAUGACUUUUACAUAUUACAACAUUGUAAAAGUUCUGUGGACAUCGAAUAAUAUACCGGGUCAUACGGAAACUGUGAAGAUGAUGAAUAGUUCGGGGCUGUAUCAAAAUGCAUUAAACAAUAGAAGAAUACCGACCGGAAGUACCACAGAAAGUCAACUCAGAUCGAGAAGAAAAGCAGCCAAAAUGUUGGUAGCGGUCGUGAUCAUGUUCGCUAUCUGUUACUUUCCCGUUCAUUUAUUAAAUGUUUUAAGGAACACAUUACCUUUGUAUCAAAACGACUACACAGCAGCGUUAUCCAAUCUCACUCACUGGCUUUGCUACGCAAAUAGUGCCAUUAAUCCAAUCAUCUACAAUUUCAUGAGCGGUAAAUUCAGACGAGAAUUCAAACGCGCCUUCCAACAAUGUCAUCAUUGCGGUAAAAAAAAACGCCAACCAGACAUCGACCUCGUGUCUCAGAACGACUACGCUCAUUCGUCCAAUCGCCGAACUAGCCAAUCGUACGCUUUCUCAUCGCGACGUACGAAGACCACGUCGUUCAUAACGCAUACAACAUGACAUAUGCAUCAUCCUGGACCUCUACAUAAAAGCAGAGUCCAGUGGAAAAAUGAUCUUUUUCUAGAAGCGUAAAGAAUUUCCAAAAGUACAAAGUUCUCAGUAUUAAAUACCUACCUAUAUAGCGAAACAUUUGCGAAGAGCUUUGUAUCCAGCUCAUGACUUCUGGGUACAAGAUCUAUCCUCUGCAUAUACCUAUCACCUACUUAUGUACCUAUUUUAUAUGUAUGUACCUAUAAUGAAGCAUACUUAGGUACUUACUUAUACCUAUCUAUCGUACCAUACUUUGACUGUGAAUUAGGAGUAUCAAAAGGUGAAAGAUACUUCGAUGUAUUGUUUUCCAUCGUAAAAACGUUGUCUAUUCGAAAGUUACCGUUGUAGAGAUUUUUUUUUUCGUGUUGUAGAAUUUAUACUGUAAUGUAAUUGCGUCUAUAUGUAUGUCGAAAGUUUUAUAAUUCCAAGUUUGCUUUUAAGCGAAUGAAAAUUUUUUACGAAACGUCCUUUUCGAAAAAGUAAACAAAACUCCAAAAGUGUCACUGUAUUUGACUAGGGAACCAUCAGAACUGUCUCAAGUUUACCUAUUCGAUACUCGAAAAGUGAACGGAAAAGAAUGGAGUGAAACUGAAAAAUUCGAGAUGUGUAGAAAUGUUUUUGGUUCCCUAUAUUCAAAUGUAGGUGAUCGAAAAGUUCAACUUCCUAGCAAAUUACUUCUACUUACUAUUGAUUGAUUUUUAUGCAGAAUGUUGAUUUUUCAACAUAAAUUAAGUGUAGGGUUAUUCAAUGAGUACAACUUUCAACCUCCCUCUGUUUCAAUAAUCCUUUGUUACUUCUUAGUAUUGGAAUUUUAGAUGAAAUGAGAGGAUUUAUUCGAACAAUGUGAUAUUUGUGUUUGUAUUUCGUCAAUUCCAUGUCAGGAUGAUGUUUUAUCGAUUUCGACUUAUAUAAUCUCAAAAUUAGUUCAAGCAGGUUCAAAUCCAAAAUUUUCUCCAGCGACCACUUUUGAAAAAAAAUGAAAAAUUUAUCUACUGUUCGCAAAAGUGUGAACGAAAAAAACUGAAAUUUGGUUUGCACCCUAUUUGUGACCAUCCCAGUGGAUUUUUUAUGGUUUUGAGUAGUUCUGGAACCCCUAACAAAUUUUUGAAUUCUCCAGUUUUCAAAAAAAAAAAAAAAAAUCGAUAAAUAGGUUCAAACUGAAAUUCAGUCCUAUACUUAAACUUGGAUUUACUACUCGAGAGGUUAAAAAUAUUCAAAUGAGAAGUUUCGAUAAGGCUAUUUUUUGGCCCCAGCUAGCUAUCGACUCAACCACUCUUGAAAUGCUGUAAUAAAUGUCCCAAAUACGAAUCUGUGAUUAGUUAACUCAAAAUGACCAUUUUUUGGGCCCCAGGUGUUCCCAAAGUUGUGAAUAAAAAAACAAUUUUAGGAACCACUGAGUAUUAUUUUUAAAAACUGAUUCAGCGUAAAAUCUCGGUUUGACUCCAUAAAGUUAUGGGAGGAUAUUUUUCUAUUUUUGACCCUCGGGGGCAGAAAUUGAGGGCUUUGGAUUUUUGGAAAAUUUUGGAACCACAAUUUCGAACCUUCCCCUUUGGCCCGGCUGAAAGAUUUUUACAGUUUAUUAGUAUCUGAAAGACCUCUAUCCUACCAAAUUUUGAGCUCAAUAAAAUUUUGUGCUGGUAGGCACUCAAAAAUCCAAUUUUUCGUAAUUUCGAUAUUUUGGGAACCCCUGGAAAGCUAAAAACCUGCGAUUUGCGCCAAAAGUAACGUUUUGAGGUAUAUAUUCAAUAAUAUAUAUGAAAAAGUUGAAUUAAGCUCCCUGUAUAUUCGUAAUUUUGAACCAUUUUUUCAAUGCCCCCACUUUAGGCACUCCUAAAAAAGGCAUUUAUGCAUAUUUUUUCAAAUAAAUUGAAGAAUUUAGUUACAUUUGAAACAUAUUAGCAAGUGCUCGAUAAUUUUUCAUAUGAUUUUCCCUGCAACUUUCAAAACUGAGCUAUUUUGGGUCAAAUUCUAGGAUUUUUACUUCAUUUAAGUCGUGAAAACAUGAUUUUAACGUCUUUUGAAGAGUAGGUAAAAUCUCAGAAUUUUACCCAAAAUAGCCCAAUUCUGAAAGUUACAGUCGAGAAAAUCAUAUGAAAAAUUAUCGAGCACUUGCUAGUGUGUUUCAAAUACAAUCUGUGGUUAGUUAACCCAAAAUUACCAUUUUUUGGGCUCCAGGGGUUCCCAAUGUUGUGAAUGAAAAAUCAUUUUAGGAACCACUGAGUAUUAUUUUCAAAAACUUUUUUAGCGUAAAAUAUCUGUUGAACCCGAUAAAGUUAUGCGAGGAGAUUUUUCUAUUUUUGACCCUCGGGGGCAGAAAUCGGAGGGGUUUUGAUUUUUGGAAAAUUCUGGAACCACUAUUUUGAACUUACCCCUCUGAGCCUUGCUAAAAAGCUUUUUACAGUUUAUUAGUAUCUGAAAGACCUCUAUUCUGCCAAAUUUUGAGCUCAAUGAAAUUUUGCGCUGGUAGGUACUGAAAAAUCCAAUUUUUCAUUUUCGUACUUAAUUUCGAUAUUUUGGGAACCCCUGAAAAACUAGAAACCUGCGAUUUGCGCCAAACGUAACGUUUUGAGGUACAUAUUCAAUAAUAUUACAUGAAAAAGUUGAAUUAAGUGCCCUGUAAAUUCGUAAUUUUGAACCCUUUUUUUAGAGCCACCCACUUUAGGCACCCCUAAAAACGGCGUAUGCAUAUUUUUUCAAAUAAAUUGAAGAAUUCACAUUUUGAUCCUAUUUAUGGAUUUUUUUUUUUGAAAACUGGAAAACCUGAAGAUCUGCUAAAUCCUUCUGAAUAGCUCAAAACCACGACUGAUCUACUGUGGAGGUCGAGAAUAGGAUGUAAACCAAGUUUCAACCUUUGACGUCAAUUUGAUCAAAAUUUAAUUUUUUUCACGGGAAAUUGACCAAAUUUAAAAUUUUAAAAAUUCGCUAAAAAUUGAGGAAUGAAUUUCAGCAUCUGAAAUUUGUGUUGUUGGUGUAUUUUAUGAUCCUCUUUUAAUUUUUCGUUGCUCAAUUUUGACAUCUUUGUGCUACCUGGGAUGUUUUCAUGAGGAGUUGAAUCAAAAAAAUGAACGACUUCAUUGUGAGGUUGUAGAGACACUGAGUAUUGGUUUUUAAAAACCAAGUGAAUAUUCAAACACACCAGGGAAUAACCUCUUGGACACUUUUAGCUAUUUUUUUCACCAAAGCAUACAGCUCGAGAUUUUUCACUUCUGUAUCGAAUGCCCAAAAAAUUUUAUAGCAGUGUGAGAGGGAAAACUUUUUCGGGACCAUUUUUUGACAAAAUGCUUCAAAUGCCCUUUGAAGGUCCAUGUCAAAAGUGGUCUUUAAAACACAAUUACAGUAAAAGAUUCCCAAAAUUAUUACUGCCCAAUCACACAAUUUGAAAUUUUACGGUAUUAUUUUGGAAAAAAAUUGGGCUCAAAAUCACACCUUUUUUUCGAUCAUAUCGAGAGUAAGCCCUAAAAUAAUUUUGUAAAUUGAAAAAAAUGUCACCCAGAAAAAAGAUUUUCCUUAUAGAAAUAUCCCAAUCGCACGUUCUGGGAUUUUGAUGAUUUUUUUGAAAGAAUUUGAGCCUCAAAAACACCUUCAUCUGCACCUCUUUCAAAAUUGGUUCUCAACGUAAAUGCAAUUUAAAUUCAAUUGUGACCAAAAAUAUAUUUUUCUAAAAUAGGAGAUCAUAUCAUCAUUUGAAUUUUUUUCCAAUUUAUGCUAUUUUUUAAACAUUAAAAAAAUUUUAAUCUUCAUUUAAGAUCUUCUAAUUUUUUUGUUGGAGCAUCAGAAAUAUUAUUUUCGAAUCUUCCAAAGAGAUUUUCAUGUUCUCGAGGGGCUGCAAAAAAAAACCUUUCGUAGGAAUUGGUCCGAAUAAAAAACUUAAAAUAACUGAACUUUCUCCAUCUAUCUACUUCAAAAUCUUCUCGUCACUUUUCAACCUUACCCAAAAAAUUUUAAAGAAAAUUGAUUUCAGAUGUCACCCUCACCCUUCCCUCUCCGCCCAAGGAAACGACCACAGUCUGACACAUAUCUUCUUAUACACAUAAAAAAAUGCAAUGUAAUUUUCCAACUUUCGAAAGAUUUCAAAGACUAACUUUAAUGCAACCAACUUGACAAAUUCAUUAUUUUUUAUAGCUCGAAUUCUGCAGAUAAGAUCGCGUGUUUGUUCACUCUAUCAUUGCUUGAAAUUUUUCUCGUAUUUUUUUGAUAUCUACCGAACGCCUCCGGGUAGUAAUUUAAUUUUUUCAUAAGGUUAAAUCAACGUGUUACUUAAAAUUCAGCAAAAUUUUAUAGUACUUCUUUCGUUUUUUCAUCUCGCGCUAUAAAAAGCUCGAACGGUCACAAAAAAUAAAUGAAUAAAUAAAAACUCGAAAGUAAUAUAAGUAGAUAUUUGAAAAUGAAAAAAAUUGACGCGUUCACCUACGCAGGUAGCUAAAUUGAGCCAUGGUCAUUUUAUUAAUGAAAAAAGAAGGCUAUCAAAUUUUUAAUAAUCUGUACCAAGAUAUAGGGUACGUAUGUUAAAGCAAAAAACAAAGUUUUCAUCUUUGAUAUUGAAAAUUUUUUAUUCGAACGCAUUCGAAAAAAUGAAAAUUUUAAAAGAAACAGGCCCAAGAAGAAAAAAAUUGUUUUGACGAUUUAUAAAAAUGCACAGUAACGAAAAAAAUUUAAAAAUUAAAAUAAUUCGAGGAAAAAGAUAAUUGCACAGAUAAGAAAUGUUAAUACGCGCUUCCUUGGAUUUUUCAAGUAGUUUUUUUUUCAACUAGAGCCAUUUAGAGCAAUUUUAAUUUCACGCUCGAUUAAAAUUUCUGCGGCGAAAAUUUUUUUCUCGGUUGUUCAGAAUGGUGUUUAUUUUAAUUUAAACAAUGUUUGCGAAAGAAAAAUUCUUAGGGUUCAUUUUAACCAGAGCUUGGAAACAUUGCGCCUCUGCUGACGUAAAAAAAAAAAAAUUUUGGAAAUGACUUGGAAUUUUUAUGGACGUAGUCUGGUCUUUGUCUUGCAUAAUUCGUCGUUUAUUCAGUUUAAAAUCUCGAAUUAGAGUUACCUAUGUAAAUUUAUUUGACCCAAGAAUAAGAUGAUAUUCGAAGAGGAUCGAUAUUGUAUCAAAAACAAUUAAAAAUGAUUCAAGUACCUACUCAGAACAUAACUUACCUACCUGUUGUAAAUUUCAGUGCCUAAUUAGGCUACCUAUAUACCUACUUUGUACAUUCGUGUAAAUAAUUUUAUGUUAUAUGUGUUCAUUUGAUGUUGUAAUCUUUUUAAAUGGAAUUGUGAUGCUGUAAAUUAUACUUUUAAAAGUGGAGUUGAAAGAAUCAAAAAUAGCAUACCUAAGAAUUUCUACUCAAUUUCCCAAUUUAUUUGUAGAAUAAGAAUUUACAAUAAGUAUAAACCGUGUCUUCUAUUUAUUACGAUGUUAUUCUGACAGGAUUGAUUUUUAUUUUGCAUUUGGUUUAAUUUCCUGACGAAAUAUUAGAAGGAAAUAUGUUCUAAAAAUACUCGUAAUAUUUGCUCUGUCGUUGCGAAGCAUUUCCUAUAUUUUUUUCUUUCAAAUUUUCGAAACGUUGAACUUGAUUCGCCAAUCGUACCAUUUCCUUUUAUUUUAUUUUACCUGUUUUUUUUUUGUUUUUUUGAAAAAUUCGUCGAAUUUUUAUUAGAAUUCUUUCAACUCUACUUCCCUGCUCUGAAACAUUUCUUCGGAUUGGUUACCUGCGAGAAUUGUUUCAAUUUCUUAUACACGUGUAAAGAUAUUUGUUAUCUGUGAACCAGGAUAAUAUGUUCAAUGUUGCGUAAAGAUACCGCUGUACCAUGUACCUUUUAUUGUGUUAGGCUAUGUGUCGUGUGAUGUGUUUUUUUUUUGAACAAUUUUACCAUAUUUGUCGAAUUUUUAAAUUUCUGUGUAAUUCAAUAAUAAUGAUUGUAUGUGCGAA